AUGCACGUCGCGCUGCCCAAGGACCUGGCGCAGGAAGCCAGACUGGCCAGGAGAAGGCACGAGGAGCUGUGCCGGCAGAAGCGGAUCUUCAACGCCCGGGCCCGGAUCAUCGGGGGAGACCCACGUGCCUGGGACGUCCAGGUUCAGGAACAGAAAAUCAGAGAAGCCACUGAAAAAGCUAGACAUGAAACCUUUGCGGCUGAGAUGCGGCAGAACGACAAAAUCGCGUGCAUCCUGGAGAACCGGCAGCAGCGAGACCGGCGGAACCUCUGCCGUGCGCUCAACGACUUCCAGCAGCACUACCAGAUGCCCGAAUCGCGCCGGGAAUUUGACUUGUCGGACCCCAGGGCCCUCCAGAGAGACCUUCCAGCCGGGCGGUCGUGCACUGACGUUCAGAACUCUGUCUCAGGAAUGCAGAGCUUCAUGGGGGAGGAUCUGAACUUCCAGGAGAGGAAGAAAUUCCAGCAGGAACAGAACAGAGAGUGGUCCUUGCAGCAGCAGCGGGAACGGCAGAAUGCCCGUGCCGACCGCAGGGCUGCAGAGGCCCUGUACGCACAGACGCGGCUGCAGCUGGACCACACAGCCCAGCACCUGCAGUCACUGGAGGAUUCCUCCAAGAAGGCGAGGUGUGUGCUGGUGAAGGAAUUCAACCGGAACCAGGCUCUGGAGGCUGCAGCCAGGAGACAGCAGGAGAAAAAGCAAGAAGAAGAGGACAACCUGGCGGAGAUCGCCAGCCUGCUGCGUGGGGACCUGCUCUCAGAGGCCCCGCAACAGGCCACCAGCUCCUUCGGGCCUCACCGCGUGGUCCCCGACCGCUGGAAGGGCAUGAGCCAGGAGCAGCUGCAGAACAUCCGCCUGGUGCAGAGGCAGCAAGUCCAGGAGAAGCUGAGGCUCCAGGAGGAGGAGCGCCAGCGGGACCUGGACUGGGACCGGCAGCACAGCCAGAAGGUGCGGGCCGGCCUGCUGUCCGAGCGGGAGAGGCAGCGACAGCUCCGUGAGCAGCGGCGGGAGCUGGACCGCAGUAACCACUGCCUGGCCCAGGAGCAGCGCCUGCAGAAAAAGUAUAUGAAAGAAGUGUAUACAAACGAGCCCACGGAAGAGUACUUCGCACAGUUUAACACGACGAGCCGAUGA